ACUGCGCCUAGGCAACCAGCCGGGAGGGUGAGUGCCGCGCGCCGCAGAAGCUUCUGGCGCGAAUGGAGAACCAAGAGUUUCUAGGUUCGUCUGAGCCGUCCGAAGUGACCGAUGGGCAGGUCUCAACAGAAAUAUCCACUUGCUCCGAAGUCUUCCAGAAGCCCAUUAUGCUCAGGAUUCUCGACACUCACAGCGAGCUUGGAGAGUCGGAGGAUCCCGAGAAACACGAGAAUCCCGAGGAGCCAGAGGAGGUCAGGGAGCAAGACGAGUCCGAGGAAUGUGAUGAGCCCCACGAGUCCUAUGAGCCCCACGCGCCCUAUGCGCCCCAUGAGCCCCGGGACUCCUAUGCACCCUACGAACUCCAUGAGCACCAUGCAGCCCCCAAACUUCGCAAGGCCAGUGAGCCCCGACAGCUCCGCCAAGCCCGUGAGCCCCGCAAGCCCCGCAAGCCCCGCGAGGCCAAGGAAACCGAAUUACUUCCCAGUGCCGCAGUAAUGAUCUCCCCAUCUCUGAUCACCAGAGCCCCGCCACGGCCUCAGCUGUCUUUCCUGGGAGCAAAUCCUGUUUCCUGUGACUUUGUAAGGAAAUGUUUUUCUUCUAGGAAGAGAACCCCAAACCUUUCAAAGCCUAAAAAGCAAUGGGGAACUCCAGACAGAAAACUGUUUUGGGGAAAUCAAGAUCCUAUUCGCCCUGUUUCCCAGGGUGCUUUGAAGGCUCAACUGACCAAAAGACUUGAGAACCUUGCCCAGCCCAAGCAAGUUUCCUGCCUCUAUGUACCUAACAGGGCUCAAUAUUACUACAGCUGUGGAAGAGAGUCUGUAAUUUGGGAGAUCACUCCUCCUGCGUUGUUUAGACAACCCUCCAAAAGGAUCCAGAGGCUGUCACAGCCCAGUGGAUUCAAAAGACAGUGUCUACUAAAUAGUUUUAUGAUGCAAACCCCGAUUUCACUUUCUACCCUGAGUGCGAUUGCAACUCCAAGAAUUGUAGACCUUGCCCACCCAAGGAUCAAGUUAGAGGGUCUGUGCUAUGAAAGACAAAGAAGUGAACUGCCCAUCCGUCCUGUAACUCCUGCUGCCAUGCUAGCUAAACCUAGCCCCCGAACAAUAGCUCUAGCGAAGUCCAAGUCUGUUCAUCAAGAUUACCUACCUGACCGCGAUGCCCACUGGCCAGUAUCUUACGCUGCUACUCAUUCGAAAGCAUCACCCAGGAUUCAGGAACUAGCUAAUCCAAAUAAGAGGACUCCUGUGCAUAUUGUGUAUUAUGAUCCAGAUGUCUUUAAAACCAAGCCAGCUGCUUUGAAAGCACGGUGUUCUCAAAGGAUCCGGGAGUUGUCACAACCUCUUACACGUUAA